ACUGUUGUUCUACCAGAUGGAUUAAAGUAGCAGAAGUUUCCUGAAUACCAAAGCCCAACCCUUUCAAAUGAACUAUAAUGUACAUAACCAAUGUCCAAGGUCCACUGUGAUAAGAACACUUCACCUAAUGUAAAAAACCACCUAGUAGGUAUCUGAUUACGGACGAUUGAGUGUUUGCCUGAAGCGAUGAAAUCGAAGUUGGGGUUUAGAGCAACUAGUGAACAUGGCCGUUCAUGUAUUUGGCUGACAGUAUUAGCUUUCCAGUGCUGCUUCCAGCUGUCAGCCGCUGCUGCCACCUUUUUUUACUGGACUGCAGAUGUUGGCUUGAGUUACUUCGACAGAGAGUCUAAUGAAACGGUGAUCAGUAUGUGUGAAUGUGGCAAGUUUGGAAUAAACUCACCCUUGAGGUCAGCUUCUGGGUUAGCGGUGCUUCCAAAUUCGGAUCCUCUGGCAUGCUCGAAGAACACUACUUUCACUGCAAGUCACCAGCCAUGGAUUGCCCUGAUAAAAACUGGAAAAUGCUCCUACACUAAGAAGAUCAAUGCGGCCCAGCGAGAAGGAGCCUCUGCUGUGGUUAUUUACAAUGAGGACGGGACCGGCAAUGACGUUAUACUUAUGAUGUAUUCAGGUGCUGAUGAUCUAGUUGCUAUCAAUAUUGGCAAUAUUUUAGGCACACAGAUUGCUUACCUGAUCAACAAUGGUUUGGAUGUUAAUAUGACGAUUAAUGUAGCCACUCCAACUGGCGUGUGGAAGGGUACAUGGGCAUAUGUGCUGUCUUUCACUUUCAUUGGAAUAACAGCCGUCACGAUGUUCUACUUUGCAUUCCUGUUUAUGAAACGCAUGUACAUAAACCGACAACUUCGUAGGCAACAGAUGGAGAUAAAAAGAGAGACUGAAAAGGCAAUUGGAAAGUUAGAAGUGCGGACUCUGCGGACAAAUGACCCGGAGGUUGAUUCAGAUGACACUGGCUGUGUGGUUUGCACUGACUCUUACCAACGUGGUGAACAAGUCACAGUUUUACCGUGCAGGCAUUUAUACCAUAAGAAAUGUAUUGAGCCAUGGCUUUUGGAACACCCCACCUGUCCCAUGUGCAAAUAUAACAUCCUCAAAUCCUCGAUUGAGGAGGAUAGCUAUGACCAGCCUUCACCAUCAUCAUCCUCUUCUUCAUCAUCUUCCUCAAAUGAUACAUUUUGUUUAGCUACAAUAACAUCAGCAGAUCAACGCAGCACAUUACAAUCAAACAUCCAAACUGAAGAAACAGCAGGUGGACAUACAUCCGACACUGUGAACUGCAACCUGGACAUUCACACUCAACACAUUUAUGAUAACCCAGGAUUUGAAGAGGAACCAGAGAUAAUCGAGCAUCAGAACAUCAACCAACAACUUUAA